UACUACUUUUGUCGCGUUUUAAUGCAAUGUUGGGCAGUUAUGGGAUUCAACCAGUCACGCUGGUCUUUAACAACUCUAAAAACUGUUUCGUUUACCUGUCACCCAACAUAGUGUCUCAGCUCAGUCUUAGAGAGAAUCAGGUGCUGGAGCUUUCCUGGGAAGAUGGUAGGACUGUGUUUCUCAGCUGGAUCAGAGGACACACAGUAUCAUCACAGGAGGACAAGGUUGAGCUCAGCAGACAUUUAGGGGAGAAGCUUGGCUUGCAUGAAGGAGUGCAAGGCUUUUUGAAGCCAUGUGUCCAGGUACAGUCAGUGCAGCAGGUGUUUGUGGAGCCUCUCUCUUCAGACGACUGGGAAAUCCUAGAGCUACACAGCAUGGCUUUAGAGCAGCAACUUUUAGACCAGAUCCGAGUGGUUUUCAGGGAAGGAGUGUUUCCUGUGUGGGUGGACCAACACACUGUCAUCUAUGUUAAAAUAGUCUCACUUUCUCCGUCAGUCUUAUACGGCCGAUUGGAGCAGUUCACCGAGCUGGUCGUAUCCCCCAAACUUCGACCUGGGGACAGGCAACUUUCCAACUUUCCAUUAAAUACAAAUCUACAGAACGAACAUCAGCUUAUGAAAAAUCAUCAGGACUUCACUUCUUCUUCCACCACUGGAACUGACCCCUCUGACCAAGAUAUUAGUCAGAGACACUGCACUGGUAGCCAUAGUGGAAUGGGUGAUUUAAGAAGUUUACUGAGAUACAUGUUUACAGGGAGAUUUGAACCUGUUAAGGAUAUUCCUGAAGUCCCAGCUAUUCCUACUGCCUUACAAGAGUGUGUUCUUCUUCGAGUAUGUGGAUCCCCACCUGCUGCAAUCAGCCAUCUAGACUCGAGCCACGGAGAUGUUCAUGUGUUCCCGUGGGACUACAUACAGUCAGACUGUCGGAUUUUAGGACAGCCGUUCAUGACAUAUGGUAGACUGUCUAAGAUUAAUUCUCCUAAAGAAGUGAGGGAACAAACCAAGCAAGAAAUGGAAAAGAAAAAAAGCAACAGUGUACCACAGACAGAAAGAGUUGACCAGGAAUACCCCGAUGAGUGUGUGGUUGUCAGGAUGAUUUGCCACAAUAUACAAAAGCUGCAGUUGGAUCAAGAAUGUUCUGAAAUGGGACAGCUGUAUUGUGGGAGAGUGUGGAUCCCAAACAUUUUACGAACCAGGUUGAGCAUUGACCCUCACUCUGCUGUAAAAGUUCUUCCUGUGAAAUGUGUUCCCAGAGUAGCACUGACUGUUUCUCUUGAGCCAUUAAAACCGCUAGCUGGUAAUGAGAAAGAAGAGGAUGUACAGUCUGCGUUCCUGAGUUGGCUGCAUGCUCUAAGCCACCAGCCCUUAGCAUGUCUGACAGGACGGAGCAACAUCAUCCUCCUGCAGUGCACUGAAGGAAAAUCUGAGUUUGUCUUGACUGUACAAAAUCCUGAGCCAAAGCAAGUGGAUGAGAUCUUCCUCUUAUCCACUAGCUGUCUACACAAAACAGACAUCAAGGUUGUAAAGAAGCCUCAUACAUUGAACCACACAAAAGCACACACUGCAGAUGAAUUACCUGCUGCUGUCUUUCCUUCUCUUAACUCUCUUGGUGGGGUGGAGGACGUCAGUGCACAUGCUUUUUGGCACAUCUCUCACAGUUUAUUGGGUGGUCCACUUUCCUGUGAGCUGGUAUCCACUGGUCGGGGCCUUCGGAGCGGUGCAUUGCUGAUCACUGGAGCCAAGGGCAGUGGAAAGACUUCUCUAUCCAAGGCCCUGUGCAGAAAAGCUAUGAAAGAGCUGGAUGCUCACAUUGAGGUGGUUGACUGCAAGAAGCUUAAAGGUAAACGUGCAGACACAAUUAAACAGAGACUAGAGGAGGUGUUUGAGCAGGCAGUGUGGAAACAGCCGUCUGUGGUCCUACUGGAUGACCUGGAUCAUGUAACAGGGGCAGCUAGCACACCUGAGCAGGAGCAUGGUGCAGAAGCCGUUCUGCAUCAACAUGUUGCACAAAGUCUGAAGGAUGUGGUGGAUGAUGUAAUGAGCCGCUGCGCUCUGGUAACUCUGCUGGUCACAGCGCAGAGUGAACACUCUCUUCACCCAUCGCUUACUGAAGUGCAGGGCUCACACUUCUUUCAGAGCUUCUGUAAGAUCAAUGCACCAGACCAGAUCCAAAGAGUGGAAAUCCUGAGGUCCCUACUGGACAGCAAGAAGAUUUUAUAUGACAACGCCCCAGAAAUUAGUGAUUUAGACAGCAUUGCUUUGAAAACUGAGGGCUACUUUCCACAAGACCUGAACCUUCUCGUGGACAGAGCGAUCCAUGCCAGUGCUGUACAUAACAAACACAACAGCAACGCUCAAGGUGUGUGUUUAAGUGAAGCAGACUUAAAACAUGCCCUGCAGGGUUUUACGCCUCCCUCUCUUUGGGGAGUGCAACUUCAUGUCCCCAGCAUGACUGGUAUGGAGCAGGUGGGUGGCCUUCACCAAGCACGCCAGCUCCUUAUGGAUACCAUCUUGCUGCCUGCCAAAUACCCCCUGCUCUUCUCCAGUCUGCCGAUUCGCCAUCGCUCUGGUGUGCUGCUCUACGGGGCACCUGGCACAGGUAAAACCUUACUGGUUGGAGCUGUAGCCAAGGAGAGUGGCAUAAACUUCAUUAGUAUUAAGGGUCCAGAGCUGCUCAGCAAGUAUAUUGGUGCCAGUGAGCAGGCUGUACGGGAUGUGUUUCAGAGAGCCCAAGCAGCUAAGCCAUGUGUUCUGUUCUUCGAUGAGUUUGACUCCUUGGCACCUCGCAGAGGUCAUGACAGCACAGGUGUCACCGACAGAGUGGUGAACCAGCUGCUCACACAGCUGGACGGAGUAGAGGGACUGCAGGGAGUGUAUGUGCUGGGAGCCACCAGUCGUCCUGAUCUAAUUGACCCUGCACUGCUGCGGCCUGGCAGGCUGGACAAGGUCCUGUACUGCCCUCCUCCAGACAGGGAAUCCCGUUUGGAGAUACUGAAGGUGCUGACACGUUCUGUGACGCUGGCUUCUGAUGUAGACUUGGAGCAGAUUGCAGUGGCCACCGAGCUCUUUACUGGAGCUGACCUCAAAGCCCUGCUAUACAAUGCACAACUAGAGGCCAUUCACAGCAGCUUAGGGCCUAACCUACUGCACGAUCUGGGCUCAGGAUCUGACAGUGACAUGAGCAUGUCAUCGCUGAUCUUCUUAAACCCCAGCAGUGGCUCGGAUGAUUCUGCAGGAGAGGCAGAGGCUGGGUUGGAGACCUCUGCAGUCAUGCUGGAGCACAGUGAGAUGCCCUGUAAAGACCCAAACCACAACAUCUGGCGGCUCUACUUUGGCAGCUCAUUUGAAUUAGAUCUAGGCACCCUUUCAUCUUCUGAGCUGAAUUCCCAGUGCCUGUCAGUACCCAAUUCCACUACCUAUGAGCUGACUGGUGCUUCAAUGAGGGAGCCAGCUUUCCUCAACGGACCAGCACUUAUGUCCUCUGUGCAGCAAGGAUUCCAGGAACUAAGUCCUGAACAAGCUGAACGUCUGAGAGCCGAUCUAACCGCCAUCAAAAGCAGCUAUCACAGGAGCCCGGAGGACAUCAACUUGGGGCAGACAGGCCACAGUAAACCUGUUCUCCUGAUAUGCCAGUCACACCUGAUCUCAGCACUGUCUAACACUAGACCAUCCAUCAGCAGACAGGACUGGAGAAAAUAUAGUGAACUUUAUGAGUCAUUUGGGGCAUCAAGAGAAGGCAAGCCUCAGAAUACAGUGCUGUUUACACCAGGUCAGCGAGUAACCCUGGCCUAAUAAAGACUGCGCACAGACAUUAAACGGUGUAUUUAGUGUUUAUCAAGGAUGUGACCAUGCUUUCAUGGAGACCAUUGGAUCCUAAAAUGUGAUUUAUUAGGGGUAAAUGUAUUGAACCAAUGAAUGUAUUGUGAUGCAUUUUUGACAUAUUGCCCACCCCAAAACCUAAACCAAUUGUAAAUCAAAUGUUAUAUGUUUCAAAAGUCUACAUGUACACUUUAAUGUAAAUAGUUUUGGACAUGUAGGAGCCGUAAUCUACUGUAAUUCAUGUUUUUAAUGACUAAUUAUUUGAAAUUCUUUGUUAUUACAUAAUUUUUUUCUGAAAAACUUUAAGAAUGUAGAAGAAACAAAUUAUGCAACAAGUUUGUGAAUAAUUGACUCCCUAAUUUAAUUAGUUAUAUUGAUCUAUUACUGUAUUUUUCAGUCACGCUCUAGUUUGUUUUCUCUUUUGCCUAGGACCUGUUUAACAGGCACACAUCUAUCAAAGCUUGGCAUGUUAUUUACAAAGCAUCAACUGUAUAAUUGUCCAGGCAAAGCCAAUUACAUUAUAAUCAAUAAACCAGAGACUCGGGGUCAUUUUAAUAAAUAAUUCUUAUUAUA